CUAUUAGUACCGCAGAAACAACUGCACGGCAAGGAUAGAUGGCGGAGAAAAGCGUUCAUCUUCCUCAAGAUCUGAUAAUUGAAAUUCUGUUGAGAUUGCCAGUGAAGAAUGUAUUAUGUUGCAAGUGCGUAAGAAAAUAUUCUGAAAUCCUAUUAAUUGAUUUUAAUGCAUCGCUUAACAAUGAGUCAUCAUAUGCUUCCCCAAGCCACGAUUUUCUGCCCCCGGAAUCACCUCUUCAAAUUGGUUCUAUUCAUUGGAUGGUUUGUAAUUACAAGUUAUCAACGGACGUUUAUUGUGACGUUAUUAUUGCCUUUGAUUUGAAGGAAAGCAGAAUGUCAGAGAUGGCACUGCCAUAUUGUUUUAAUUAUAAAGAUUAUCCUAGCAACCACAAUUUGCUGGUACUUGGCGGACUUAUUAGUGCAUCGACUGUGGGCAUGCAUACGGUUAAGAUAUGGGUGAUGAAAGAAUAUGCAGUGUAUUCAUCUUGGACUAAGAUUCUUGAAUUUUUUGUUGAUCCUGCUUUGCACAAUUCUUUAUCCAUAGUAUGCUUUACAAAUCGUGGUGAUAUAAUUGGAAGAGAUGAUGAAGGUGGAUUGAUGAAGUUUAAUGACAAAGGACAUCUUCUGGAGCACUACUCGAGUCCUAAGGGCAUCGACCCAAGAGGAUUCCAAAUGGCGGUGUAUACAGAGUCUCUGUUUUCAUUCCCUUGUGGCAUUCAGCAGGUCUAAGAAGCAAUCAAUUGCUUUGAUGCUGGUAACUCAUCCUCUCUGCCUCAAAAGCAGUUAAGUGGAAUUGAUUCUAAUGAAUAUAUAUCAGGAAAACUUCAGUUUAUUAUGUUAAUGUAGUUCA